UUGACGCCAGCAAUUCUUCUGUCAUCCCGGUGCACUUCUCUCACUCUAGACUCUAGAGCGAGAGAGAGAGAGAGAGAGAGAGAAACAGAGAGGCACAGACCCUUUCUUGUCCAACAAUCCAUCAUUCUUCGUCUCUUCUAUUUUCUUCAGAGGAGGAGAAUUCAAUGCCGUACAGUCACACAUAUUAGUCUCCACUCAACUCCCACACUACCAUCCCAUACAUAUAUAUAUAUAGGCGGCGAUGGCUCUCCAGAUUGGCAAGGUGGCCGUUCUUCUUGGCGCAGGUAUUGUUGGUUCAAUACUUGCGCAAGAAGGACGUAUGCCAACUGUAUCUGAUUUUGUCUCUGGUGCUUUUAAGUUUGUUUUGAAGAAAAAUAGACAAGAUGAUUCUUCCUCGUCAGUUAAAAAACCACGCAAUGACUCUCUAAUGGCUCAGGUUAACAGCCUACGGGAAGAGCUGCAGUUAUUGGCAUCAAAUGGACCAAUUACAAUUGUGACUACGGGUGUAAGAGGUACUAUCAGAUAUGGUGUUAUUAUCGUUGUGGUAGUUUUAGGAUACGGCUAUGUUUGGUGGAAGGGCUGGAAACUCCCUGAUAUGAUGUUUGCUACAAGGCGUGGUUUAGCUGAUGCUUGCAAUUCUAUAGCUAAACAGCUUGAGACUCUGUAUUCAUCAAUCUCAGCCACCAAGAGGGAACUAUCUUCAAGAAUGAACAUCAUGGAUUCUACUUUGGACAAGUGUGCAGCAAUUAAUUCCGAAACACAACAGGAGGUUUCUGACCUACGAAAAAGUACGGAUUUCGUCGGUGUGGAUGUUAUAAAUAUCCAUGAUGCAGUACAGACUCUGGAAACUAAGAUUAGCAGAAUAGAAGGGAAGCAGGAUCUUACAAAUGAAGGAGUAAGGAGGUUGUGUAGUUACACCUGGAAUCUGCAAAAUAGCAGAACCACAGAAAGUACUCAGGCAUUGCCUUCCAGUUCCUCCAAGCUUGCUCUUGAACAGCCACCUUCUACUCCCUCUUCAAAGGUGGCACCAUCCAUUUCCUACAGGCCAGCUCUUGAACAGCCACCAGUUACACCCUCAUCAAGUAGUGCUUCUUUGCCCCCCGAUAUAUCUGCUGAACCUCUGUCUUCCCCAAGUUCUAAUGGAUCUCACCAGGUGAAACAGUCGUUGCAGAAUGUUGUCUCAGCACCUGGUCUCAAGGACAUUAAUGUAACUUCAAAAGUGGUUGAGGCCUCAAGAAAUCAUGAGGUUUCUAAUGGGAAUCGUACUCCUGAAGACUCAAGAAAUCAUGAGGUUUCUAAUGGGAAUCAUACUCCUGAAGACACCAAUAGUGGGGCUUCAAGUUCUGGUCGGUUCGGGCUGUGGUUUCCUAGCUUUAGAACUCCAUUCCUAUCAAGAUCGCUUAGUGUGACUAAUACAGUGUUACAACAAUCACGUUCAAGUAGUCAACACUCACGUUCAAGUAGUCAACAAUAAUGAGGAUCUUUUGCGUUGAUCUCAAUUAGAACAUCUACGUAACGAUAUACCACUGGACUCUGCUUCUGGAGAAGAUUUCAGGGGUUACUUGUGGCUGGCCCGAGACCUGUUAAAUAUAGGUUGUGCUCGUGCCAAAUUGAUGGAAACAGGAUUAGGCACUGAAUGUUGUGGAGCUGUUUACGUUAUAACUUUUAAUUAGGAUUUUUUAUUUUUUUAUUUUUUUAUGUGUAAUUAAAAUUAUAUAGUUUUUCCUUUUUGGCCUAAAGAAUGGUGGCUGCAGGAAAGACAGGGUUUGGCAAACAAAGAGAGGCUUCCAAAAUUAAGUAUGCUAGUCACUAGCACGGGGUUAUCUUUUGUUAGAAGAGUGUUCAUUCCUCCCUUGUUUUUUGGUUUGGGCAUUGAUAGAUUGGAUGUACAUAUUUUAUGAGAACUUUUCUUCACUUU